AUGCUUAGAUGGCUUGUUAGUGCCCUCUUCCUGGCACUACCGAUUGGAACUACCAUUGGUAUUUUGCUAGGUCUUCAGGCAUACAAUCAUGCAAAGGGCCAGCCGCCUCCAUUCUCAGGCGGUGAUGAUGGCAAUGGUUUGCCUGGUAUUGGCACUCCCAAGGGCAAGGAUACGAUAGAAAUGAAGUGUGACCAGGCCUUCGGCUUCGAUCCUAAAUCAAAGAAUCAAAACUUCAUACUGAACCCCAAUCCUUGGGGCUGGAAAAAAGGCGAUGACGGCGGACUUUGCAUGCAGGUAAACUUCAAUGGGAACAGGACAUAUGCAACGCAAUUCUCGGCACCCCCGUUCAACGUUACCUGGCAAUAUCCUCGAGCUGCCGCUGGACAAAACAACGUCCAUGCCUUCCCCAACGCCAAAGUGGACAGCAAAAACUUUCCCGUCAAAAUUGGAUCCAUCUCAAAGCUCGAGUUUGACGUUGAGUGGUACCUAUCGAUGAAGAAUGACACACAAGAGGAGGUUACCGACAACGAUGUGACAACCAAUCAGAUCAAUGCCAACGUUGCUAUUGAUAUGUUUAUGGAUAAGGAUGGUACACAAGCCGAAGACAGUGAGAAGGCUGGGUACGAAGUCAUGGUUUGGUUUGCCGACUUUGGUACUGACGCUUGGCCGCUUGGCAAAACCAACACCGCCGAUAAAGGCUUGAAGAAUACCACAACCGUUCAGGGUGUGGAGUUCGAGUUGUAUUCGGGCUUAAAUCCCCAGACUAAGCAAAUGGUCUUGUCUUGGGUAGCAACCAAGGCGACAAACAAUUUUAAAGGUGAUCUGAAGCCCCUACUGGAUACAAUCUUUGGCAUGAACAAUCCCGACUAUCCACAAAAAGAGGAUUAUCUGGGAUACCUCGCUUUUGGACAGGAAGCCUACAGUUCUACCAAGAAUGUUACCUUCUCAGUGCCUAGUCUUGCUGUCGAUGUCGAGACGUCUUGA